AACUGGUUCAUUUCUCACGAUCAUGACCGCGGUAUAGAUAUCCGUGUACGAGGCGUGACUGGAAUUCAAACUUCUGACCAGGAACUAUUCCACAAUCUGUUGAGAGAGCUAUUUUGACGGAUUUGUAAAACCAUCCUCCACCAAGAGUGGUAAGUUUUAUUUCUUUGUGUCUGCCAUUCGCAUGUAGUCACAUAUUAAUGCAAAUAUUCAUACCGCCAAAACUGGGUCAGGUGUUUACUUCCAAAACAAAGCGGAAGCAGAUGCAAAAAUGACUGUUAAGUACCAAACCUCUGCAGUGACCACCAUGGAAAUAGAGGAUGACAGUGGUGGCUUCAAGCAUCUUUUAAUGGACGGCACCAAGCUUCGACAUUCAGUUUAUGCAUUGAAAAACAGUCCUUUCAGGGCUGCUACGCUCUUCCUUGGCUUGCUGUGUGUUGUCCUGGUGACCGGGCUCAUCGGUCAAUCGGUCCAUUACUGGGGCGUAAGAAAAGACACGGAGAAUAAGUUGGAAGCCACGAGAAUGGAGAAAGACAACUUACAAGAGAACCUGAAGACCGUACAGAACGAGAAGAGGAAUCUUGCCUCCAGCCAGGAGCAGUUGCAACACAAUUAUGACUACCUAUCUAAAAUGAAAACCCAAAUAGAAACCAACAACAAUCUACUUACUGCCGAAUCCAAGAAACUGAAAGAGAGUCAAAGCCAACUGGAAGCCAGAAAGGCUGCUUUAAACAAAGAGCUUGAGCAGCUGAAGGCCAGCAAGGAGCAGUUGCAGACUAAUAAUGACGCCUUGUCUACUGGCAGAGACCUGCUACAGCAAAAGUACGAUUCACUGAUCAAGAGCAAAACCGCCUUGCAGGCUAACUAUGACACCGCGACCAAAGAGAGGGACCACUUGCAGAACAAGUUCAAUAACGCCACACGGUCCAAGGAGAAGCUGCAAAUAAAUUUCAACAGCCUGAUAAAGGACGUGGAACACCUACAGGAGCGCUACAAGACCUCCUCCAAAGAGAAGGACCACAUUGCCGACAGUCACCAAAAUCUGACCUUGGAGAACGCUAAUUUGCAGGCCACAUACACGACACUCAGCAAAGCCACGGAUAAAUUACUGGCCUCCUACAAUUCCACCGUUGAAGACAAACAAGAACUUGAAAAGACGUUGAGAAACGUGACUGCAGACAGAGACCUGCAGAGAAUAGUCAUCACCAACCUGACUGCUGAGGUGGAACAGCUGAGGGCGGCCAUCACCGUACUGAACGCAACUAAAGUUAAGACUUGUCCCAGUAACUGGAAGAAGUUUGAGACCAGCUGCUAUUAUUCUUCGUCUUUGGCCAAGAAGACCUGGUACCUGAGUAGAAACUACUGUCAAGGAAACGGAGCUGACCUGGUCAUCAUAAACAGCAAAGAGGAAAUGGAAUUUGUGAAUGGCUUGUUUACAAAUAACAAGGAGGUCUGGAUGGGACUGACUGAUGAGGGAGUGGAGGGCCAAUGGAAGUGGGUGGAUGGGACCUCUCUGACCACAGCGUAUUGGGCAGAUAGCCAGCCCAACAGUUAUAACGGCAACCAAGACUGCGCAGAGUUUUGGCACCGCUCAUCAGGAAAAGCCGAAUGGAACGAUGAAAAAUGUAGUUCACAGAGAUACUGGGUGUGUGAGAUGUAGCUCUGUAAGCUAGGGCAACAUACAAUACACUUGAUAAAAUAAAGAUAUUGUUUUUUCCCCACCAUAUUUCUGCGUGCCAGGGGUGGGCAAACUACGGCCCGGCAGCCCGCCAGUUGCUUUCUAAGUAUUUCAACUUUUAACAUACAAACUUUUACAGAUAAAAUUAGACAAAUAAUUCAAGGAAAAUUAUAAGCAUAAAAUAAUGUGUGUGUUAAAUAUAUGUUUUACCCCCCCAAACAAUUUUGUGAACUCAAUAUGGCCCGUGAAUCAAAAUAUUAGCCCACCCCUGCUGCAUGCUAACUAUUAUAUCAGACGCAUAGGAUACAAUUUCUGGCCUGCUAGUCUGACACGAUAACCCCAGGAUGCUAAGAGGUAUUUACGACCGGAAAACACAACUUGGGAAGGAAAAAACAAAAAGGAAGAUAAGAUGACUUCAUAAGAGAGCAAGGAAAUAAGACGAGAAAGGAGCCGCAGUGCCACCUGAUGGCUCCCUUCCCAAAAUGGCCGCCCAAGAGUAUAAUUUUGCUUCACCCAAUCACACUGUAAAAUAAACUGACCACAACAAUUUUUAAAUAAAUAAAUGUUGACUCUUUUUAUAUUCAUGUCUGAUGUACUUGAGCUACAAGACGUCUUUGUUGAAAAAGAAUUGAAAUUACACCAUAAGAGAUGCCCAUGCUAGACGUAUAGCAAGCUACUGAGUUAGCAACUAGUUAGCCUCCGAUUGAUUUAUUGAUUUAUUUAACAUAUAUUUGUGUUCAAUAAAUGUGUGAGGCAUAAUUAGAUGUUAAACCUGGAUUGUGUAGAAUAAUCACCACAAAAAUAUUUGUGCACGUGGAUUUGUAUCUGUCUGUCAUUUCGCCCACGCUAACAGGUAGGCAGCUAGCUGAGUUUGAUGCCACUGCUGUGUGGGGGCAGCUAGCUGACAUUGACACUAUGUUCCUCUGAAAGUUCAAAUAAAGACUCUGUUUUGUUAUUAUAGCUACACAACACGUGUCUGGACCAUAAUUAGCAAUAUAAAGCAACUCUUCAUUGAAAAGCCCCAUCCCAUGACAAUUUAGGAGGUAAAUAAGAGAUUAUAUCAGAGCUGUCAAAUGAUUACAAAUUCCAAAAAUAUGUUAAAUAAAAAUGUAUCGCAUAAUCCAAUUAGCAAUUACAG